AAAAAUAAAAAGGAAAAAAGGACCGCCCUAGAUAUAUCAUCAGAUCAGAUCAAAUCUUGAAUCAGAAACACCAUGUGAAGAUUUUCAGACAGGUGAAACUGAAGAAUCUUUGAAAGCUGAAAAAUUCCGACCAUACAAACCCAAAGAUAUAGGUGAGGCUUCCUUCUCUUCUUUUAGACAAGUAUUUGUAAACUGUCUGUAAGUCGACAACUUGUUGUUGUGCUGUAAAAAUAGGAUCAACAUCUUGUCUUCUUCAUAAGCUUUAUUCAGUUUGCUACAUGUGAAACUUGCGGUUCUGUUGAGUUUGUGUGAUCUUAAAAAUUCUGCCGGGAAUCUAAGCCUUGUAAUUUUUUUACUUAAUUUUUGAGUGGGGGGUCAUGAAUCAAGGGUGGUUUGGAUAUUAGAAUGAGAGAAUUCAGGAUUUAUGUAGGAUACAGUUUUUGAGAUAUUUGAGGUUUGUUUGAGAGGGAGACGAACAUGGGUGAGAAAUUUUGGGUGAAAGAAGAAAAUCGUAUGGUGGAAUCAGUGCUGGGUGUUGAGGCCUGUGAAUUCUUGAUCACGUCGGCUUCUAAAAACAUUUUGAAUGAUUUGGUUUCGCCGCCUGCUAAUUUGGGUGUGCAGCAGGGUCUUGGUAAGGUUGUAGAAGGUUCUCAUUGGAAUUAUGUGAUUUUCUGGUAUGCUUCUGGCUUGAAAUCUGGUGGGUCUAUAUUGGUCUGGGGUGAUGGGAUUUGCCAGGACCCGAAGGGUGGAGGGGUUGUACAUGGAAGCUCCAGUGGGGAUGGCAAAUUGGAGGGAGUAGAGAAAAGAAAAGUGAAGAAGUGUGUGCUUCGAAAGCUUCAUGCAUGCUUUAAUGGAUCAGAUGAUGGUAGUUUUGCGGCCAGUUUGGAUGAGGUUUCGGAUGUGGAGAUGUUUUAUCUAACCUCAAUGUAUUUUACAUUUCGGUGUGAUUCAGCAUAUGGCCCUGGAGAGGCAUUCAAGUCUGGUAGGUCCAUUUGGGCGUCUAGCAUGCCUAGCUGUUUGGAUCAUUACCAAUUGAGAUCAGUUUUAGCCAGAUCAGCUGGGUUUCAAACAGUGGUGUUUUUACCUGUUAAGUCUGGAGUUCUAGAGCUCGGUUCUGUCAAAUCAAUUCCCGAAGAGCAUGAUUUUGUGGAGAAGGCAAAAGGUUUGUUUGGGGCUUCUAAUAAUGCACAGGCAAAGGCAGUUCCAAAAAUUUUUGGCCGCGAACUGAGUCUGGGUGGCUCAAAAUCACGAUCAAUUAGCAUUAACUUUUCCCCAAAGGUUGAAGAUGAACUGGUUUUCACUUCAGAAUCUUAUGCAAUGAAAGCAACAAGCACGAAUCAAGUUUAUGGAAGUACUUCCAAUGGGCGCCCUAGUGACAAGAGUGAAGCAAAACUGUUUCCGCAUCUGAACCAAGCAAUUGUGGGUUUCAAUACUGAAACAGUGGUUGGUGGUUUGGAGCAGCCAAAUGAUGACUUGUCCCCUCAGGGUGAUGAGAGGAAACCAAGGAAGAGGGGAAGAAAGCCUGCCAAUGGAAGAGAAGAGCCACUGAAUCAUGUGGAAGCAGAGAGACAGAGGAGGGAGAAGCUCAAUCAGAGAUUUUAUGCUUUAAGAGCUGUUGUCCCCAAUAUCUCUAAAAUGGACAAGGCCUCUCUGCUUGGAGAUGCCAUUACCUAUAUCACUGAUCUCCAGAAGAAGAUUGGGGCUUUAGAAACAGAAAGGGGGGUGGUAAACAAUAAUCAAAAGCAGUUGCCAGUGCCAGAGAUUGAUUUUCAGCCUGGACAGGAUGAUGCAGUUGUGAGGGCAAGCUGCCCUCUGGAUUCUCACCCAGUUUCUAGCAUCAUAGAAACAUUCAGAGAACAUCAAAUUACAGCUCAAGAGUGCAAUGUGUCCAUGGAGGGUGAUAAGAUUGUUCACACAUUCUCUAUCCGGACUCCAAGUGGUGCUGCUGAGCAAUUGAAGGAGAAACUGGAGGCUGCACUUUCUAAAUGAUCUCAUCUCACUGUAUAUUUCUAUUUACAUCAUCAGACUAUCUCAUGCAUGUCCCGGUCCUUGUCAAAAAUGGGAUUGUGUAUCGAUAGAUGAUUAGCUUCUGUAGUCAAGUUUUAAAAGAGAGCAAUCCGUGUUCCGAUCAUUGCUGUAUGGUCGUUUAAAAAGCUACCAAAUAGACAGAACAGAAUGUAUGUAACAAUACUAGGAGAAAACUCUGAAAUCACUCCUCAGGAAAGCUCCAACUGGGAAGUGGACACCAUUAUUGCAAAACAGUCUGAAUCAUCCACCUACGUUGUUCUGUCUA